UUGCUGUCAAACUAGAGACAGAUUUGGUGAAAUUUCACAGUAAGACAUGUUAUGACAAGUAGUUUAAAGUUCAAAAGGUUUUAGACGCAAAAAAAGACGACAAAAAGUCAAGUAUUUCAUUUCGGAUGGCUAGUUAGUUUAACCCUGUAAAUGGUUAUUUAUUUUGGUUAAAUUUGAUUGACAUUAUUUUGAUUUGCGUAGGCACACGAUAACACGACAAGAGACAGGAAUACAUGAACUAUGGACACGUCUGGUGAAGGGACGAUGACUCCUUUGAAAGAUUUUUUGCUAACUUUUUUCAUGCCAGAAAAAUGUUACGACCAGUUUUUCCUUUACUUCAGCUUUCUGCAUGUUCCCUGUCUGAAGAUUGUCUUGAGUAAGACUAUGGGAAUAUUGAUUUUGGUGGGAAUUGUUAUUGCUCCACUCCCUCAGAUCUGGAAAGUUUUUUGGUCUGGAAGUUCUGUUGGACUUUGCCUGACCUCUGUUUUUCUGGAGCUGUUGGCCAUCUCUACUCAUGCAGCUUUCUGCUACACUCAGAACUUUCCCAUUGGUGCUUGGGGGGAAAGUUUGUUUGCAUUGAUCCAGAUUGCAGUCCUGGCUUUGCUUGUCCAGCACUACCGAGGGAAAACCAUAAAAGGUAUAUAUCUUCUUGCUCUCUACUGUGGCUUCAUGUUCCUCGUGGCCUCACCUUUGACUCCUGUGUCAGCGGUUUGGACCCUGCAUGAGUGGAAUGUGCUGUUGGUUAUUGCUGGCAGGUUUUUCCAGGCAGGAAGUAACUUCAGACAGGGACACACAGGACAGUUGUCUGCGCUCUCUGUUUUCCUGGUCUUUCUUGGCUCUUUAGGACGUAUAUUCAGUUCCCUCCAGGUCACAGGCCUCUCUCUCUCAACUCAGAUGCAUGCAGUGGCCUGCUGUUGCAGUGGGGUGAUACUAGCACAGGUCCUGAUGUACUGGAAUAAAUGCAUGACAAACAGUGAGAAAGAAGGGCAAGUGGAGAAAGACAAGGCUGAUUAAGAGAGCGAUCUUCCAUAAUGCGGCUGAACUCAGAUGUCUUCGACCCCAGUGAGUCGUCUUCUCUAAUGACCGCAGGUGUGAGUAGUUACUCCUUAUCACCCAGCCAUCCAUACACGUUAGUUUCUAUAGGCAUCACUUCACACUUCUAUUGUGAGCCCUGCAUCCCCAAACACAGCCACUACGACUGACCAUCAGUAAGAAGUGUGACAAUGAACUCCCCCCCUCUGAGUUUAGCUUGUACUAACACAUCAUCUGAAUGUUCCUAUAAGGCCUACAGAAAAGCUGUUAUAAAAAUGACUUCAUUAGGUCAUUGUAGUAACUUACAAAACUUACUAGUUAACUAUUAUUCUGCAAUACACUAUAUAAAAUAAAAGGUUUUUUAUUGGCAUCUAAAGAUCUGUGAGGAACCUGUAACAUCCUUUAAAAUGCACAAAAAUUCUUUAUAGUGGACAAGGGUUCUUUAAAUGAACAAAAUGUUCUUGUAAGAAUUGUUCUUUGGGGAACCAAAAAUGGUUCUCACUGUUUGUAAGAGUUACAUAUUCAUCAGUGAACAAAUUCAGCACUCCAAGAACAGGAGAAGGAGUUUCUGUACUCUCUUCUCUUCUCCUCUCCCUUGUUUUAGUUGUUCAUUGACGACACACUCUUAAAAGAUUAGUUCACUUCCAGAAUGAAAAUUUCCUGAUAAUUUGCUCACCCCCGUGUCAAGAUGUUCAUGUCUUUCUUUCUUCAAUCGAAAAUAAAUUUUCGAAAUUAGGUUUUUGAGGA